AUGAAAAAGGUCGGAAAAGGCAAACAACAACUGGAUGAACGUGGAGUGAAACAAACAAAACCCUCGCAGCCACAGCAAGUCGCGCCCUUGCGCGUUAGGAUUUCUGAGAAGGCAUUGGACAAUGGAACUGAGAAAAAGAAUUCUGCUGCUGUUGGGUCAUCAUCUGGCUUGACUGAGAAGGAGAAGACAACAAUAUUUGUGGAUAUUCGCGAUCCCCCCCCCUCCCGAAACAUAACUCCAACUUGA